AUGUCAGAUCCAAAGCGAAAGCCCACUGAUACAAGUGACAGCCGUUUAGCAUUAUCCGAACAGAAGCGUAAACGCUCAGGGGCUGAAAACUAUAUCAACAAAAGGUUUUUGUAUGACGUCGUAGAACCUCCUAAGCGUAACCGCCAGAAAAAGUUCCUACACUUCACAGACCGGUCAACAGCUGCUCUCAUGGCUGUUUCCUCCGCCAACCUUCUUAAGAAACACAAGUCGAAACUUAGUGUUUCUUCACAAAUCCCUAGCGAUCGUGAUUUAUUUCCUCGUGUUAAAAGUCGACAUGGUCGACGCCUCAAGCCAAAACAUGAGUACAGUCCUUCUCAAUCAGCUGAUGAACAUCAUUCUUUUGAUCAACCCCUCUCCAUUGACAGUAGUUGGAAACCCAUCAGAAAAAACAAAAUUUUAUCACAGGCAACAAAAUCACGAUCUGAACACAAAUCAGAUACGACCAACUAUCUCAAACAUGACAAAUACAAUAAAGAGUACUAUUCGUCCGAUGAAGAUCGGGAAGGUAAUGAACUUGAAGGAAUUCUUUCAUCUAAGACCUAUUAUCCCGAUGCAUCGUGUAUAUCAACUUACUCUGACAUGUUUAGUGAACUUCAGAAACCAGAACAGCUUAUUCACGGCCAGAACCCGGAUACUAUGGAAAAUCAUGGAAGAUCGGAAUCAUCUAGAUUAAAGAAUCGUUCUAACCUUAGACGUGUACUCAGUCCAAGCUGUAACCAAAAAGAACCUACCAAUACAUUUUUACGGCAAACUAUGUUUCGUUCUGAUGAGAUUUCUCCUCCUAUUGAUCGACACACCACUAAUAUUCUUGAUUUUUGCAUUAGUUCGAAUGUUGAUCAAUUAGCACAUUUAAGAACCAAUUUAGAUAAAACAGCUAUACAUGAAGAUGAUCUGGAGUCUGCGGAACCACAUGGACUCGUUAAUAGACGAGUUCAACAGUCUCAAGAGGAACUGGAGGAAGAUUUACUUGCUCCAGAACUUUCCAUCAUUACGGGCUCAAACACUGCUACCAGUUCUGAUGGCGUAUUAGUCUCUACAUUGACAGAUACUGGAGCAAUGUUAUCCUGCAAUUCAUCUUCAGGUAGUAGUCGACGAAAAUCUCCUGUUAGACCAAUGCAAGUGCUGAGAACAAAAACCACUCAUACUUCUACAACCGCAGCACCUAGUAAUGCAUCACCGACUAUGUUAGUCACAGGUUCUGAUAAUAACCCGUUUGUCUUCACAUCACCAUCUGUGGUUACAAAUACUGUAUAUACCAGGUCGUUAUCAGACUUAGAUCUUGGCCAUGAUGGAGAUGUGUUAACAUCUGGAAUGUGCUCUGUUUUGUCUGGUAACAAUUCACAAUCGCUUGGCGAGUCUAAUCAGCCCUUAGAAAACAGUUAUGUUGUGAACAAUUCGGAAUUAGAAAUUCACUCAAUCAGCGAUCAUUCACAUCAAAUUUUGUCUUCUGGAUCACCUCUAACAUUGACAUCCAUUAGUUCUGUUAAUCAAGUUCCAGUUUGUAUUGAUAGUCCGAAUGUAUCAAAGGGAAAUACAACAGUUUCGUCAGGCUUAUUGCCAUCACUUCUUACUCAGUCUACUACACGCCCAGUUCCGGUCGUUCAACAACCCAUCAUCUCUCGUGUUUUUAUGGCGCCAAAUACAACACGUUCAGUCACAACUCCUGUAACGAAGCCUGUCAUGUCAGUUCCUCAUUCUACUCUUGGUUCAGUUUCUUCUCGACGACGUCCUACUAUUUUAAAGCGAACACUAGGAACUGUCAACUCGACAACCUCCAAUUCACUGGUCGCUUCACGACCAACAGUUUUCGAAACGUCCGAUAAUGAUGUUGAUCUGUCAACAUCCUCUAGUCGUACUAUUAAUGUAUUUAAUCCUGGCAGUACUGGACAGUUACAAAAACCUAUCAAUUCCAUAACUAUGGAAGAGUCUGGAUCUUCUGGGAAUCUGACCAACACAUCUACCAAGUUAUUACAACUAGUUACUACUACUACAACAUCAACUCCUUCAGAUCGUUUAAAUCCUAAUCAAACUGCUAGUGAUCGUUUGUUUGGUAAGCGUCUCAUUGCUUACAAUAGAAACACAUCACAUACUCCUAAUAAUACAGUGUCAAAUACCACUCAGAAUUCAGGGACAACUCAUCACCAGAGUCCAGCGCCAGCAAAUACAACAAUUAAUACUGCAACUCCUUAUCGAUAUGCUGUUGUUCGAGGCUCAGCAGACGGAAAACAAUAUGUUUUAAUCAGCAACCCUCGUAUGGUUGAUCCAACAGUUCAUGAACAACCGGUUGCAACAUUGACUACAGCUGUAAAUGAUGCACCCUUAGAACCCAUCUACGUUUCAACACCUACAGUUGGUGAGAAUUUCAAUUCUGAACAACUUUUUUCUGUCGAUUCCUGUGUAUCAAGAGCUUUCAAAGUUGAAAUCAACGGUGCUCAUUUAAUUCGAAUGAAUCCUGAAGGGCAUUCAAUAUCGGGAAAUGAUCGACAAAUCAGAACAAUUUACACUACCCCACAAGGUGCUACAACUUUGGCAGCUACAUAAAUCAUAAACUAAGUGUUAUUUUGUUUCAUUUCAUUACCAUUAAUAAUUUUACUGUCAAAAUUGUUUUCAGUCUCUGUUAUAUCAGUUCUUUUAACUUCACUUCUAAAUGUACCACAACAGCAUCCUGGGUAAACAAAUCCACCUUAUAUAAAUCUGGUUUACAUCCUAGUCCGGUAUUUAUACCUCUACCCUUCCAAUGCCUUCGCUUUCGGUUCAAUUCCGGCUAUAUUCAUUCAUCAUUUAUAAUAAAUAAAAAAACAAAUGAACUCAUAUUUUUUUGUUCGCAAAAUUACUCAUUUGUCUUUUUCAAAGUUGGAUUUCUACAAAGACACGUCAAUUUCCUUGAAUAUACAUGUAAUCUUGUAAAACUUAACUUAGUGUCUUUUCAAAUCACUUUCAUUGCGCCUUCAUCUUUUUGUCCUUUAGUGUUUGUGUAUGUGUUUUCGAGCUUAUUUUCUACACUGAUAAGUUUCUAAUUUCAUAGGAGCUUCUAUCUUAAUCAUACUAUUCAAGUUGAUGAAGUGAACUAUUGUAUUUUACCAUAUGUAAACACCUUAAAAGCGUUGUAAUUCUAAUAUUAUUGAUGUGAAUUGCUAUUAUCAAUAUCGGUAUGUGAUAUAAAUCUAAUAUACGUAAAGCAAUUUCCCAGACUUGUAAGUUAUCUGUUUCCUCGUCGUUUAGCUAAUAAGAUUCUUCCUGAAGUUCCACGGCACGUACUCGGCUAAUGAUGAGUGUGCUGUUGGUGAAAAUGACAUUAGCUUGGUUCGAUGUAAGCAUCAUCUCUACAAUGCAAGUGUAUUCGUUCUCAACAUUAUAUCGAUACAGCGCUCGCUCUCAACUUGUGGUUCUAGGGUUGAGACACCAAAGACUACAGUUUGGGAAUUUGUAUGGCUUAUACAGAUUAUCUCGAAACUAACAUUUGCUGUGUGAGGUUCGUUCCCUUGCAAUAUUCGUAAGUUCGGUUUCCAAGUUUUUUGGCAUGAUUCGCUGUAGAGACAUGGUCCUAGACUAACAUGGAGUUCGUUUACUAUUCAGCAGGCGAAUUACUAAUAUCGUGCCUAGUGAAGUUACGAGGUGAAUGGUUUCGAACUUGUCUCCCAGUUAUUUCUCCACUAUGGUUACGUUGAUUAAUCAUUGAAAUCAAUAGUCACAGAGUGAUUGCUGCGAUAUGAUCAUGUGCAUUAUAACGCUCACGCAUGUUUUACUUCUGCGAGACCUUAUCUCAUCCUUUAUCAAAUUGGACUAUUAUUAAUGUAAUGAUGUUGUUGAUCUAUGUAUUUUGGUCCUGAUUUAUUCAAUUCAACGUCCACUAAUCAAUCUUCCGAGGUAACACGUCCGGCGCAACAUGGCAUGACUAGGAUUCAUUGUUUCCUAUUGAUUCUACAUAUUGUCUCAAACGACGGAAUUUUGUUCGCAAAAUAAUUUAGUAACCACCUAGCAAUUGAAAACUUAUUCACAUUUUCAACCGUAUCUCUGAACAUACAGCUCAAGUUGAACAGAUCAGACUGAUCAGUUAGAAGAACAGUCGUACUGAGGAAAACAAAGAUGUCCUCCGUCAUGAUUAGGAGCCAAGUCAAACGAAACUAAAUUAAACUGUCAAAUUCACAUGAACUGGGUGAGAUAUCCUGAAAAUCAAUGCUACGAUUAAAGAAAAUGAUCACAGUCUCAUUUAUAUCCAAAAGUUAACGGGAUUUCAACUUAAGGUGUUAAAAUUAACAGUUUUACAUUCAAGAGUAACAUAAAGGGUUAUAGUCAAAAAAAGUAUCCAUGGAAAGACUCUUCAAAUGAACACAUGCUUACGUACAAAACAUUCGAAACCGUGAUCGAAAGGAUUGUUUGGUUCAGUCGUAUUAAAUUAUAUCCAAACACAAAUUCUUUGCCUCAUUUAAUUGGCUCUAAGUUUACAAGGAAACCAAUUUACACCAAAAUACAAAGUACCUCAAUCGGUACAAUUUUCGCCAAACACUUAAAGGUUUCUCGUACAAGGAAAAGCUCAGUAAACAUCCAAAGGUAUGGUUAACAAAGAGAAA